UUUCCUUUCUUACAGUGUUGUGUAUGGACAAAGACAGGUGGAUUGAACAAAAACCAUAUGCCAGCAUUGUUGAACUGCAUUUAGGUAGGUAGCUUUCAGUUUAACCACGCUGGCUUUGUACUUAUUGUAUGUGAAUUUUGCUCACUCAUUUCACUGUGAACAAUAGAUAGGUAGGUAGACAGAUAAAUAGAUUUUUAUUGUCAUUUAAUAAUACACACCAAAAACAAGUGCACAUUCGAAAGAGAAUUCUGUUGCACCUAUCUCACGAAUGCAGUAUAUUUUUAAAAUACAAAUUAAGAUCAAAGAAAAAAAAAUAUAGAUAGAAAAUAAAGCUGUUCUACAUAUUCUGUCUUGGACAAGAACCUGUCAAAGUGCACCAAAUAUUGGAAUAAUAUUAUAUUGCACCUUAUAUGUUGUACAUAAACAGUUCGACACAAACUUUUACAGUGAGAGUGUGUUGGGCAGGGAGUGAGAUUUGUGAGUUCAACAUUCUGAUUGUUUGGUAGAAGAAACUGUUGCAGAAGUUGGCAGUUUGCUCUGUGUGCGCUGUCGAAACUCUUGCCAGAGGGCCGCAUGACACUCAGUCCAUGAUAGGGAUGGGUGGGGUCAUUAAGCCUUUAAGGCCCAACGUCGCGCCGGCGCUACGUUUUGCAUACUGAGUUUUGAUUGGCUGUAGAUUUGAAACCAGAUAAGAGAGCGCGAUCAUUUUUUUUGCAUAUAAAAUCUGGGGAGUUACACUAACAUUUCAUACAAUCACCAGGUCUCAGAGCGCUUUUUCGUUGCAGUGAUGUGUUUGUAAAAAUACAUAAUAAAGCGCACAUAACAAAACUCUUUAUGAACGAGACUGCGGACAUUUGCAGUGCUUCCUAUGCCGAAAAAACGUAAGAAUCAUGUGACAGGUCAUUCCCAUUAUGUCUAUGGUGGGCACGAUGUGAUCACCGACCUGUGUCACAUAAUUUCUGACCUAUAAACGUGAGGUUCUGGCGCCCAUCUACAGGAAAUGGCGUCGUUUCGCGGGAGUAGUUCUUUCUAUGGAAUUCGUCGGACAAUCUGCAUUGGUACUCGCUUGCUCUACUACUUUGUUUUACAAAUACACUCAGACACACAACCUACACACACCAAACAUCCAUCAUACACACCUUGGACACACUUCCACACGUAGUUAUGGAGCCGCAAAAUCACGGCCGCGCAAAACGGUUUUUUACUUUGUCCGAAGCUCUGGCGCUAAUUACCGCGUCGGAUGAUGAGGAGUCCUGCCUUUCGUCUGAACCGGAUUCUGCCACCAGCGGGGAUGAAGCGGACCUCAUCGAGGGAACUGAUAAUUCUAAUGUCAUUGUUGACAAUGUUGGGGAGGAGGAAGAGGAGAUGGAGGUCUCCUGCUCUCCUGGUACCACGGAGAGAGGCAGAGGCAGAGGCAGGGCCUGGGCUCCAGCCAGGAGAGGCAGCAGCAGCCGCUCCAUCACCAAGAGCUCCAGGCACUCCCUGCAGCUGGCUGGAAAACUGAGGAGGAGCCUGACAGCUUACCUUCUCUGCCACAUUUUCUGCCAAAAAGGAGGCCAGGUGUCCAGCCACCACUGUCAAAAAAUGUGGACAGCCCUUCUCCAUCAGAGCUUUUCAAAAUGUACAUGGACCAGACAGCCAUAAAAAUUCUGUGUGCCAACACAAACAAGAAUGCAGCGAAAAAUAUUGCUGUAGGUAAAAAAUUCAGAUGGGCUGAUGUCACAGUGCCUGAAAUGUAUCAGUACAUUGGGCUGACACUGUACAUGAGCAUCUUGAAGCUUCCAAAGAUACGGGAUUUCUGGCGUACUGAUUCCAUCUUCCACGUGGAAUAUCCAAGGAAGGUCAUGUCCAGGAAACGGUUCCAAACCAUUACUGGAAACCUGCACAUGAGUUACCCUGCGGAGGACGUGAUCAAUGAUGGCAAGAAAGGUACAGGUGACUAUGACUGUUUACACAGAAUACGUCCCAUUUACGACAGCUUACGUGUGGCUUGUAAAGCUGUGUACCAGCCCCGGCAGGAGCUUUCUGUUGAUGAGCGCAUGGUUGCCACAAAAGCAAGAAUUGCUCUGAAACAGUACAUCAAGAACAAACCAACAAAGUGGGGGAUCAAACUGUUUGUGUUGUCAGACACCACAGGCUACACCGUGGAUUUUAACAUUUACAGCGGGAGAUCCACUAUGGCGACUGGUAAGGGGCUUUCGUUCGAUGCAGUCUUGUCACUCAUCAACAAGAGCUACCUGGGGUCUGGUUAUCACAUCUACUGUGAUAAUUUUUACACAAGCCCAGCACUGUUCCUGCACCUACACCACCUGGGGUUUGGAGCCUGUGGGACAUAUCGGGACGCUAGAAUUGGCAUCCCGAAAACAAAAAUCAAUGCUCCACGGGGGGCGAUCAGGUGGAUCAGAGAGGGGCCCCUUCUCUUCAUCAAAUGGAUGGACACAAGGGAGGUGAGUGUGUGUUCCACUCUUCACACUGCUUUCUCUGGGGACACUGUAAAGAGGAUCUGCAAGGCUGGUAGGAAGUAUGCAGCGGUGGAGGUGCCAGUGCCAGCAGCUGUGAAGCACUACAACAGAUACAUGGGAGGAGUUGAUCUGUCUGAUCAGCUGAUAGGCUCCUAUUCUUCAUGGAGGAAGAGCAGGAAAUGGUACCUGACAGUGCUGCAUCAUUUCAUCGACAUUGCCGUGACAAACAGCUUUUUGGUUCACAAAGAACUGUGUGGACUGGAGCAGCAGUCCCUGACUCACCAGGGAUUCCUGGAGCAGCUGUCAGAAGAACUUUGCUCAGUGCCCUCACAACAAGUCCUGGGAAGCCAACAUAUCCCUGUUGCUCUUGUUGAGGGGGCAUCUGGCUCUAAAAAGGCUACAGCGGGGCGCCGGAGGUGCAAGCAGUGUGGAAAGUGCACCCCCUUCAUGUGUGAGGCAUGUAAAGUGCCUCUCUGCGUCAUCAUGGACAGGAACUGUCACAAACUGUACCACAGCUCCACCGGUGGGACUGAACAAUGACUUGGAAUGUCAAACUGAUGGUAAAUAGUUUAUUGUGAUGUUCAUGUUGACGUCACCCUCUAUUUUUGCCUGAUUGCAUAUGUAGUUUGAAAGAAAAUUGAAAUGAUUUGUGUUCCUGUAUUCUGAAAUUUCAACUCAGUACAAGCAAUUUUCUUUUAUUUUCAAAUGCACUUUUUAUGAAUGACCAUGCUUUGUACAUAAAAUAUGUAUAUUCAUAAGUAUCUGACACACUUAGAAAUUUGAUUGCACUAUUGUAAAUAGUUUGUUUUGAUGUUAUUGUUGUCUUUAUGCAAAUUUUGCCUUUGAGUCCAUAUUUUUUGCCUGAUUGCAUAUGUAGUUUGAAAGAAAAUUGAAAUCAUUUGUGUUCCUGUAUUCUGAAGUUUCAACUCAGCAAAAGCAAUUUUCUUUUGUGUGAAUGACUGUGUUUAGUACAUAAAAUACCUAUGUUCAUAAGUGUCUGACACACUUAGAAAUUUGAAUAGUUUGUUUUGAUGUUAAUGUCUUAAUGCAAAAUUUGCACUGUUAUUUAUUUUCGUUUUUUUUUUUCAAGUUACAAUAUUGACCAUAUCUCAAAAAGCAAUUUAUGUACUGACUCCAAAUAAAUUUCCUGUGGUUCCAAACAAUAUUGUGCAACUUUUUUACAUUUGAAAAUUUGAUGGAUAAAGCUAUGCAAUUUCUGUAUUUUGAAAUAUAUGAAAAAAAAGAAAAACGAUUUUCAUUUUUUUAAGGUUUAUUGCACUUUAAAGCAAUUUAUUAUACUAGGUAAGACAUAAGUCAAUACAUAACAUUAAAACCUGGGAUGUAAGGGUUAUUCUGAUGUAAAGCAAAUAAAAAUAGUCCAAAAAAUGACACUACAGCAUGUAAAAAUGUAAAAAUAUGUCCUGGCGGACUUGUACAAUGGGGGGACUUAAAGGGUUAAUGAUGUUGGUAGCCUUCGCCCAGCAGCGUUAGUGUGCAAUGUCCUGGAUAGAUAGAAGUGAUUUUACCUGCUUUCCUCACCACUCUGCAUGGACUUCCACUCUGAGGCUUUGCAGGCUCCAGACCAGAUAGAGAUGCAGCUAGUCAGAAAGCUCUCUUUGGUGCAGCUGUGGAUCAGGUAGCAGUACAAGUUGUCCGCUAAUUGCAAUAUUGGCAGUUGUAUCCCUGGUCCCUCUGCCCCUCAAGAUCUUUUUCUCCUGAAGUCAGCAAUUAACUGUUUUGCUUUGUCCACCUUCGGGAUGAAGGUGUUGGUGUUGCACCAGUCCACACAACCCGGUCUCACAAGGAUUCGUGAAACUGUCACGUAAAUUAAUCUAUGGUUACGUGCGCCAACACGAUUUCUCAUAUUUUACGUGUUGCUCACAACGAAAUUCAUACCAAUGUAUUUCAAGCGGAGGACUUUUCAUGCCACUCAGAACGUAUUUCAAACGAAUAUUUUUAAUGUAAAAGCGUUGCGAAUCCAAGCGGAGGACUUUUCAUGCCACUCAGUACGUAUUUCAAACGAAUAUUUUUAAUGUAAAAGCGUUGCGAAUCCAACGCUAUAUUUUGCAUUACAUCGUCCCAUAUAUAUAAUGUGAUGCCUUUAUUUUUGCUGCAGGAUUUGGGUAUUUGAGAUUAAAAAACGUUAGUGUUUGUUUGUUUGCAAACGGGUUUGAUUUUGUUUUCAUAUCUGAAUCUUAAUCACACCUGAAUAGAACGUUUAAUUAAUCAAAUAUUCCUCGUGUGUCAUGUUUCUCCUCUGUCAGAUUUAAGCGAGUUACGUAGGGCAUUUUGAAUCGGUAUAUUAUAUUUUUAAUGUAAAAGCAUUGCGAAUCCAACGCUAUAUUUUGCAUUCGCAGGGGCCGGCAAUUAGAUGUGGCUUCGGGCCAAAAUUUGUGUAAACAUUAUUCGGCCGUUUGACCGACGGGCCGGUGCGCUGGUAUUUAUUAAAUAAUUUUGAUGAGUGGGUAUUCGAUGCCUGUAUAGCUCAGCACGUUAAGCAGGUGACUCAUGUACAAGAGCUGGUCUCGGACGCGGGUUCGAUUCCAGUCUGCUUUAUGAUAAUAUUUUGGAAGUUUUUCAUACACAAAUGCAGAUUUCUAAACGGACUGCUGUAAAACUUUUUAACACGAUUGAAGAUAUCAAACUCAUGGACAACUCCUAACCCAUUGGACAUUAAUGCGGACAGACUCCUGUUUCAAUUUAAAAAAAACAAAACAAAACAAAACAAAACGUGCAGCACUUCAGCACCUUUCUUCUUCGGUGGUGUCUGUGUAAAACAAUGUCCAACACAAACAACAAACAGCACACCUAGCGCCAUGAAGCACAAAAUGCAGGUGUAAAUCAAUGGGGUGCUGAACAUAGUAAUAUUCAUAGCGGAAAUAAUAGGUAAUAAUAAUAAUGAUAGGUAAUAGAAUAUUCUGAAAUUAAGCUCGACUGUAG